UUCGGUUACUAGUCCAACGCUCUAACCACUAGGCUACCUGCCGCCCCAAAGAUUUUAGGCUGCGUUCUUUUUGGGAGGACUACCUAGCAUUGCUCAGUGCUGCUGCUUGAGGGUGGGCCGGCGGGCGGGCAAGGCCUUGAAGGCUACAAUUUUCAAGGUAUUUCAAGCAGUGUUGGUAUUCGCUUUACACCUGUAAAACCCACGCAUGUGAGUGGGUGUGUACUUUGCUUAUUCAUCAGAUGGGAGCGCAGUGUAUGGGUGAGUCUGAGCAUGUCCUGGUAGAAUGGAUUACUGGCAUGUGGAAUGCAGUCCGAGUACUACUGAACCCUGCCAUUCACAGAGCAGCUACAGGUGUCCUUACAUCCACUCAGGGCAGGGAGGGACAGACCGAACAGGCAAACAGCAGGAAUUUCCUCCAUAAAGUUUAUUGACGUUACAGUACUUCACUAUGUGGUGUAGUCAACAAAGACAGUCUGAUACUGGGAGGCUGAGUUUGUAUCAUAGUCAACAAAGACAGUCUGAUACUGGGAGGCUGAGUUUGUAUCAUAGUCAACAAAGACCGUCUGAUACUGGGAGGCUGAGUUUGUAUCAUAGUCAACAAAGACCAUCUGAUACUGUGAGGCUGAGUUUGUAUCAUAGUCAACAAAGACAGUCUGAUACUGUGAGGCUGAGUUUGUAUCAUAGUCAACAAAGACAGUCUGAUACUGUGAGGCUGAGUUUGUAUCAUAGUCAACAAAGACCGUCUGAUACUGGGAGGCUGAGUUUGUAUCAUAGUCAACAAAGACAGUCUGAUACUGUGAGGCUGAGUUUGUAUCAUAGUCAACAAAGACCGUCUGAUACUGGGAGGCUGAGUUUGUAUCAUAGUCAACAAAGACAGUCUGAUACUGGGAGGCUGAGUUUGUAUCAUAGUCAACAAAGACAGUCUGAUACUGGGAGGCUGAGUUUGUAUCAUAGUCAACAAAGACAGUCUGAUACUGGGAGGCUGAGUUUGUAUCAUAGUCAACAAAGACAGUCUGAUACUGGGAGGCUGAGUUUGUAUCAUAGUCAACAAAGACCGUCUGAUACUGGGAGGCUGAGUUUGUAUCAUAGUCAACAAAGACAGUCUGAUACUGGGAGGCUGAGUUUGUAUCAUAGUCAACAAAGACAGUCUGAUACUGGGAGGCUGAGUUUGUAUCAUAGUCAACAAAGACAGUCUGAUACUGGGAGGCUGAGUUUGUAUCAUAGUCAACAAAGACCGUCUGAUACUGGGAGGCUGAGUUUGUAUCAUAGUCAACAAAGACAGUCUGAUACUGGGAGGCUGAGUUUGUAUCAUAGUCAACAAAGACAGUCUGAUACUGGGAGGCUGAGUUUGUAUCAUAGUCAACAAAGACAGUCUGAUACUGGGAGGCUGAGUUUGUAUCAUAGUCAACAAAGACAGUCUGAUACUGGGAGGCUGAGUUUGUAUCAUAGUCAACAAAGACAGUCUGAUACUGGGAGGCUGAGUUUGUAUCAUAGUCAACAAAGACAGUCUGAUACUGGGAGGCUGAGUUUGUAUCAUAGUCAACAAAGACCGUCUGAUACUGGGAGGCUGAGUUUGUAUCAUAGUCAACAAAGACCGUCUGAUACUGGGAGGCUGAGUUUGUAUCAUAGUCAACAAAGACCGUCUGAUACUGGGAGGCUGAGUUAAAAAAAAAAUAUAUUUUUUAU